CAGUUAGUGUUUUGCGUCAAUUGGUAACUAUUGUACACUUAUAUGAGACUAAAAGUAAACAAGUUUUUGAACUUUUGAUUCUCUCGUAUCUGUGUCUGUCUAUUGUGGACAGGGGUGAAGAGCACUGGUAGUAGUGAUUGGAAGGGCGAGUGAGAAAUGUCUGUUCAAUACGUGCAACACGAGUACAUUGUGAGCCAACCCUACCGGCCCUGGACUCUGGACUCCAGCGACAGUCCUUCAGAGGGUCUCAUGAUUGACGGCGGAGACGAAGAACUACUCAUUUUA